AUGGGUUUUCUAUUGCGGGUUUAUCACGUUUUAUACAUUCAGUUGUUGUAUUUGUGCUCUCAAAGUUCUGCAUCACUCUGCUCUCCUGACCAGAGUUCUGCAUUGCUCCAAUUUCAGCAACUCUUUUCCUUUGUCAAUCGUUCUUUCUUUGAUUGUGAUUAUUAUGAUGACAAUUCAGCUGUUCUUCAAUUGGAUACCCCACCAUAUUGUGAUGGAAGGUUUCCUUCUUAUCCUAAAACAAUGUCUUGGAAAGAGGAUAAAGAUUGCUGCCCUUGGGAUGGUGUCACUUGUGAUUCUUUAACAGGUCAUGUGAUUGGUCUUGAUCUUAGUUGUGGCUGGCUUCAAGGAAAUAUCUCUUCUAAUAGCAGCAGCCUUUUUCUUCUCAAUCAUUUGCAAAAGUUGAACUUAGCUUACAAUGAUUUCAAUCUCUCUCAAAUUCCUUCUGAUUUUAAUCGAUUCUCUAGUUUGACACACCUUAACCUUUCCAACUCAUACUUUUCUGGUCAAAUUCCAUCUGAAAUCACCCACUUAUCUAAAUUGGUCGUGCUUGAUCUUUCUGAAAAUUCCCUUGAAACAACUACGGUAAAGGGGUUAGUUCAAAUUUUGACCGAUUUAAUAGAACUUCUUCUUGAUUAUGUAAGCAUGUCUACUGUCGUACCAAGUUCCUUCAUGAAUCUAUCUACUUCUCUGUCUUCUUUGAGUCUCUCGCACUGUGAAUUGCAAGGGAACUUUCCAGAUAACAUCUUUCACCUACCCAAUUUAAAAAUCCUGAAUUUAGCACGUAAUUCCAAUUUGACAGGUAUUUUGCCAAAGGUUAACUGUAGUAGCCCCCUCAAAUUUUUAGAUGUCUCUGAAAUGACUUUGUCUAGAGAAUUACCUAAUUCCAUCGGCAUAGAUCGACUUCCAUGGAAAAAUCUUGUUUAUCUAGACCUUCAUUCCAACUUGAUUCAGGGACCACUUCCAAAUCCACCACCUUCCUUGACAUUGUUUUCUUUGUCAAACAACAAUUUCACGGGAGAGAUACCUCUCAGCUUUUACAAUAUGAGUGGGAUAGAAAUUCUAAAUCUUUCCUAUAAUAAUUUGAGUGGUACAAUUCCGAAAUGCAUGGCAAACUUUAGUAGUCUUCAUGUGUUGGAUCUACGAAAAACUAGAUUGUAUGGCAGCAUUCCUGGAAUUUUUGCAUGA